AUGGCGUUGGUCGGUGCCGAUGCCGCUUUACCACCCCUGUGUCCCGCUCAUCCUGCAGACAUGAACCCUGCGGAGGAGUCGGACGGCCGCGCGGGUCCCCCCACGGGCCUCGUAUGGGACCCCUACAAUGCCCAGGUCGUCCCUGCGGCGGCGGUCUUGGCCACUUCCUCCCAGAACGUGACGGUUCCAUUCACGACCGAUACCAAUCCACGUUGCCAGGUCGCGGGGUGCACCUCGUCCCUGGGCAGCAUGGCUCGGUACGACGUGCGGUACAAGGUCUGCUCCACCCACCGCCGCGCCGAGGCGGUGACGCACGAGGGCGCCCUCCAGCGCUUCUGCCAGCAGCACGGCGUGUUCCACCCGCUGGAGGCUUUCGAGGGCACGCAGCGCUCCUGCCGCGAGGGCCUGGCGCGGCACAACUCCAAGCGGCGGGAGUCGCGCAAGGGCCGCGCCGUGUCCUCCCACGGGGGCUCGCGGCGGCAAGGGCGGCGGCGGCGCUCCAGCGCGACCCGACCCAGCUCUGAGGAAUCCGAGGAGCUGCUGUCCUCGGGCACGGACCUGCCCCGCCGCGAGUCCCUGCGCCAGCAGCAGCGCCGGGCGCGGCAGGAGACGUCGGAUAGCGGGGCUUACCUUGCGGGGCGGCAGUCCUCGGGGCUGAGCCCUGUCGAGGGCGGCGCCGGCGAGCCGGCCAGCUUCUGCAGCGACGAGCUGCUGGACCAGGGGCUGCCCUGGGACGAGCUGGAGGCGCCCCCCGGCCUGCCCCUCCCGGCCCUGGAGCUGGGGGAUGCCUCCGCGGGCCCCGCAUUGGCAGGCCAGGUCGCGCCCUCGCUCGGCCUCAGUGCGCCCACUGCCCUGCUCACCCGUGCCUCCUUCAAGCUGUACGAGACGGGGCCGGAGGAGCUGCCGCGCGACAUACGCUCCAGCCUGGAGCACAUGAUUCCCGCCCACGUGCUGGAGGGCUUCGUGCGCAUGGGCUGCGUGCACGUGACCCUGGACUGCCUGGUGGACUGCGGCGCCACAGGGAGCCCGCCCAGCGGCCAGAGCCUGCUGCGCGGCCUGGCCGACCUGGCGGCGCGCCCGGGCUGGGCGGCCGUGCCGGCCAUGCACGUGCAGGUCGGGGGCCUGCUGGCGCGUGCGGGGCGCGGCGUGCCGGACCCCGUCGUGCGCGACCUGGCGGGGGAGGGGGCGCCGCGUGUCGAGGCGGCCCGCCGCGCCCUGCCCCUCCCCGCCUCGAGGGCGGUGGAGCUGCGCCUGACGCUGCACGCCUGCGACCUGCGCCGCGACCGCCUGCUCCUCAGAUCGCAGGGGGUAUAUCUGGAGCACAAGCUGCUGAGCGUGACGCACGAUGGCGGUGGUGGGGCCUGGCACCUCGUCGUAGAGGCGCGCCUGCCGUCGCCCAUUAAGGCCGCCUGCAUCCGCUGCGAGGUCCUAGCCGGAGACACCCUGUCUGAGCCCCUGUACUUGCUGGUGAGCGCGGACGAGGGCCUCGUGAAGUCCCUCCACGAGGUGUCCCGCGCCAACCCCAGCCCCACGGCACUCGACGGUCUGCUCUUCGCGCUGGGCCUGGCCGGCGGCCGGCUGCGCUCCCGGUGCACCGUCCGCCUGUCGCACCCCCUGACCCUGGAGCGAGUGGCGGCGUGCUGCGGACCCCACGACGCAGCGCAGCUGCUGCAGCUGGCGGCGGACGGGCCCGAGGCCCGUCGCAGGCUGUCCAAGGAGCACCCUGAGCUGGGAGCAGCGGUGGAUGUGGACUGUCAUGCGCCCCGCAGCAGUCUGGCGAGUCGGGAUGCCUGCCUCGCAUUUGUCGAGCCGGCGCUGGAGGCAAGGUUUGGCACCUGGUUUGCGGAGCGGCAGGGGGGAACAGACACGCUCCUCCUGGGCCUGUCCAUGCUGUCCUGGGUGCUCGGCCUGCUGCACAGCAGGCACAGCACGCAGGGCACGGCGGUGCUGCUCGGCUUGAGCCUGGUGCACGCUGCUGUGCUCGUGGUGAGGUUCUAG